AUGGUUUUCCUACACUUCUCCGGGUUCCGAACCCUGUCUUUCUUCUUCUUUCUUUCCCUCAUCCUUCAAUCCGACGCCCUCCCUCGCCGAGGAAGAAAACGGCCAAAUAACAACACGGGAGCCGCCACAGGAGCCGCAGCAGGAACUACCGCAGGACUCGCUGCAACAGGCGAUGGUACCGUUUCCCAGGCCACCGAUGGAUCUACGAUCCUUGACAAGACCGUAAACAUCAACGGUCUUACUAUCCGAUACAAGAUUAGUGCCCCAGCCUCCCUUUUCACCGCAGCCUCGGGCGUCCCUGGUGGCGCUGCAACGGCGGCAACGGCCGCCACAGCCAACAACGCCACAGCCAGCCAAAACGGACUCAACGUACUCCUCCACGGCGACGGCGGGCAAUCCUUCAUCGACUUCCCUAACCAAGCCGUUCAAGGCGGGCUCAUGGGCGUCGUCGUUCUCGCACCAAACCGAAACCGCUUCUGGGGCGGCGGCAGCGGACUCGAUCGCACCGACGGCGUCGCACACUCAGCAGCAGUGAACACGCUGAUCCAAAAGCAACUCCCACAAGAUGUCGCGUUCGACCCGGCGAAUGUAUUCUUCACCGGUGUAUCUGGCGGCUCACUAAUGCUCUCUGGGUUCUUCAUGCCGGCCUUUGGAGCUGCAUAUAAGACGGGUGUGAUGCUGAACUGCGGGGCGUUGGCGCCGCAAGUUGCAGUCGUGGAUGAGGCCACCCUGGCGGCCUCAACGCGGAUCCAUUUCCAGAGCACACAGAACGAGUUGGCGUCGUUGCAGCCUGCAAUCCCGCAGGCAGUGGAGGCAUAUGAGACCUUGGCAGCGAAUGCGGGUCUAAGUGCUGGUCAGAUUGGAGCUCUCCAGACUGUGGAUGGGAGCCCCGCGGGAGGACAUUGUGAAUUCGAUGGGCAGGGUUUCGUGUCUGGGGUUCAGUUAAUGGCUGACAGUUUUGCGCAUGUCAUGUUGGCUGGCGGGUCAGGGCAGGUGGGAGGGAUUGGGAAUGUCUUGACGACGGUUGUGGGGAAUGAGAAUAUUAAGUUCGGAACUCCGUCGUGACAGGAUAUAACUUGGAAGAAAGAACAGGACCCAUUUUAGAGGCAAAACAGCGGGUGAGAUAUGUAAAUAUCAACUGUGACUGACAGCAAAGGUCUGGGCGUGAUACUCGAUUGUGACUGUUGGGGAAUGGAGAUGGUGCCGCAGCCUGAAACCUACUGUGAGACUGCCGAGUAAUUACUCAAGGAUAUAGUAUAAAUUGGGGCUUAUCCCGACCGUAG